AAGCCAGAAGUGGCGUCACCCCUGACGUCACCAAUGACGUCAUCCCGCUGGCCCGACAACGUGCCGCAGGGCACAGCUCCGCCCCUCAAUAGCGGGGGACGACCCUGCGCAACGCGCGAGGCAUGCCGGGACUGGCACCCCAGCCUCCCGGCAGCCUCUGCGACAGGCGCGGUGCGUCGGAGCUGGCCGGCGGCGGCCGUUCUCCGUAAGAUGGCGGACCGGCGGCGGCAGCGCGCUUCGCAGGACACGGAGGACGAGGAGUCUGGCGCUUCGGGCUCCGACAGCGGCGGCUCCUUGGCGCGGGGAGGCGGGAGCUGCAGCGGGAGCGGUGGCGGCGGCGGCAGCGGCUCCCUGCCCUCGCAACGCGUCGGCCGCUCCGGGGCCCUUCAUCUGCGGCGGAUGGAGAGCGGGGGGGCCAAGAGCGCCGAGGAGUCCGAGUGUGAGAGCGAAGAUGGCAUGGAAGGCGAUGCUGUUCUCUCGGAUUAUGAAAGUGCAGAAGAUUCAGAAGGUGAAGAAGGAGAGUACAGUGAAGAGGAAAACUCCAAAGUGGAGUUGAAAUCAGACACUAAUGACACUGCCAACUCUUCAGCUAAAGAAGAGAAGGGAGAGGACAAGGCUGACGGCAAAGGCGCCGUGACUGGAGAGCGGCAGAGCGGGGACGGACAGGAGAGCACGGAGCCUGUGGAGAACAAAGUGGGGAAGAAGGGCCCUAAGCACCUGGAUGAUGAUGAGGACCGGAAGAACCCAGCAUACAUACCCCGGAAGGGGCUCUUCUUUGAACACGACCUCCGAGGGCAGACACAGGAGGAGGAAAUCAGACCCAAGGGGCGUCAGCGCAAGCUGUGGAAAGAUGAGGGUCGCUGGGAGCACGACAAGUUCCGGGAAGACGAGCAGGCCCCCAAGUCCCGGCAGGAGCUCAUCGCCCUGUAUGGUUAUGACAUACGCUCAGCUCACAAUCCCGAUGACAUCAAGCCCCGAAGAAUCCGGAAACCCCGAUAUGGGAGUCCUCCACAAAGAGAUCCAAACUGGGUUGGUGAGCGAACAAUCAAGCCCCAUCGUCAUCAGGGUCCUGGGGGCACCCUACCACCGAGAACAUUUAUUAACAGGAAUGCGGCAGGCACUGGCCGCAUGUCUACACCCAGGAAUUACCCCCGAUCCGGAGGCUUCAAGGAAGGUCGAGCUGGGUUUCGGCCUGUGGAGGCUGGAGGGCCACAUGGCCGGGCUGGUGAGACUGUUCGGCAUGAGGCUGGCUACCGCUCACGGCGCCUGGACCAGGUGCCUGUGAGGGAACCAUCGCCAGAAGCAGAUGCUCCAGUGCCUGGCAGUCCUGAGAAGGAAGAGGCAGCUUCCGAGACACCACCUGCUGCCCCUGACACCGCACCACCAGCCCCUGACCGGCCCAUUGAGAAGAAGUCCUACUCCCGGGCCAGAAGAACCCGAACCAAGGCUGGAGAUGCAGGCAAGGCUGUGGAGGAGAUGCCCCCUCCACCCGAAGGCCUGACCUCAGCUCCUCCUGGCCCAGAAGCUGCCACUACUCCAUCAGCGAAGGCCGGGAGCUGGGAGUCUCCUGUGGAUUCGACCACAGGCGGACUCGAGCAGGACGUAGCACAGCUGAGUCUUGAGGAUCAGAACUGGAGUCCAGGACAGCCUUCCUUCCUGCAGCCACGGGAGCUUCGGGGUGUGCCCAGCCACAUCCACAUGGGAGCGGGACCUCCGCCUCAGUUUAACCGCAUGGAAGAAAUGGGUGUCCAGGGUGGUCGUGCCAAGCGCUAUUCAUCCCAGCGGCAGAGACCAGUGCCCGAGCCCCCUGCCCCUCCUGUGCACAUCAGUAUCAUGGAGGGCCAUUACUAUGACCCGUUGCAGUUCCAGGGAGCAAUCUAUACCCAUGGCGACAGCCCUGCCCCGCUGGCUCCACAGGGCAUGAUUGUGCAGCCGGAAAUGCACCUUCCCCACCCAGGUUUACAUCCCCACCAGACACCAGCACCUCUGCCCAACCCAGGCCUGUACCCCCCACCGGUGACCAUGUCUCCAGGACAGCCUCCUCCCCAGCAGCUGCUUGCUCCUACCUACUUCUCUGCUCCAGGUGUGAUGAACUUUGGGAACCCCAGCUACCCAUAUGCUCCAGGAGGCCUGCCUCCCCCUCCACCGCCACAUCUGUAUCCUAACACACAGGCCCCGUCACAGGUGUACGGUGGAGUGACCUACUAUAACCCCGCCCAGCAGCAGGUGCAGCCGAAGCCCUCCCCACCCCGGAGGACGCCACAGCCCGUCUCCAUCAAGCCCCCUCCACCGGAGGUGGUGAGCAGGGGGUCCAGUUAAUGUGACAUUCUGAAUAUUUCCAGUCCAACAUCUUAAAAAUAGGUGUGAUCUCAGGAGAGAAGAGAGAUCCAAUGGGCCAUUGCUCCGGGAGGCCCUGGAAUCAGGCGGUGGGCCCUUCCUCUGGGCCAGCUCUGCGCAGAGGGGAGCGCAGCGCAGCGUGGCCUGAGCUGCUGAGUGUCCGCGCGUCCGCCAGGAGCCCAGGCUUGCCAGGCUUCACCCUCUCCCUGGACAUUCAAGGGUCUUUGGCUCCUGGGGAUGUCCUUUCCUGUGGUUGUUUUGUUUUCUAAAAUGUUCCUUUUUUAAAAACCUGGCUUGCUGUUCUUAAAUUAAUAUUCUUAGUCUCUCUCAAUGAACCGAGUCCUUUUUCUGGCUUGCUGCCCCUUGGGUGCCGUUGCCUCUCCCUGCAUCGCAGCCAGCUAAGUGUAUCCUCCCGGUGCAAGGAGGGUAGCCCCGUCACUCUCUCUACUUGAAUUCUCUUAACCCCCUACCCAAGGGAGGACAGCUGUCCACAGUGUCCACUCGGAGAAGGGCGCAAAGUGGGUGAGUCAUCAGUGCCCUGCUCUGGUGGCUUCAGUUCUCUGCCAAGGGCAAAGCCACUGUGAGCAGCACAUGCUUGGAACGCAGUUUCUGCGUUAAGUGGAGUUAGGGGCCUGCUUCUCUCGCCCUCUGGCCACACCCCUCCCUGUCGCUGUCGCCUUGGCUCAGUGGAUCUCUAGCAGCAGGUGCUGCUGGCAAGCACUCUGUCUCACGGGGCAGUCCCUCUCUGCACUGUUCCUGCUACAAGUGUUUCGGUUUCUCUCCUUUCCCUGAAUCUCCUGUUCUUGCAAACAGAAGGCACCGCACCUGGGCUUCCAGCCUGAGGAAGCCAGUCAUCCUGUGAGCAGGGCUCCCCACUGUGCUCCCUGUUACGGCCCCGGACCACUCCCCUGCUGCCUCUGUAGAGUUUGUCACUGCAGUGCGCAUGUCUGCCAGGGGAAGCCUGACCCCUGUCCCUGUCCUUCCUCAGAACUCGAGGGAGAAGGUGGCAGGAUGCCUCUGUUCUCACUCGUUCCCUCAGCAGCUGGCCUGACCACUCUGAGUCACGGUGUGGGUAGAGAGAGAGAGGAGUUGGGCUGUGACCCCGAGGAGGAAAGCAGGAAGGCUUCUCUGGGAUAGCUGGUGCUUGUGCCUUUCGUCAGCUUCCCUUUGCCUUAAACCUGAAGAUGUGUGCAAACCUGUAGGCAGCUGCCCAGACCCCAGACCCGAAGACACUGUGACAGUUGUCUCUCUUGGUCCACUGUACUUAGUUGCAAAGAUUUCUCCACGUGUGUUGUUUUUGUUACUGUUUUAAAGAGUGUACAUUUGUGAUCAGCAUUGUGACCUGGAGAUAAUAAAAUUUAGACUAAACACA